AUGGCUCAGGAAGAGGCGCUGGCCCGGGUCGGGGCAUCCCACGGCAUUAAGGACCUAGCAGGCAAACUCCACUUCUAUGACUGCUGGGCCCCAGACUACGACCAGGACGUGGCUGCCCUGCACUACCGUGCCCCCCGCCUCGCUGUGGACUGCCUCACCCAGGCCGUGCCCAGCCUGCCCCAUGGCGCCCUCAUCCUGGAUGUGGCUUGUGGUACCGGCCUGGUGGCUGUGGAGCUGCAGGCUCGGGGAUUCCUCCGGCUGCACGGGGUGGACGGGAGCCCCAGGAUGCUGCAACAGGCCCAGGCCCGAGGUCUCUACCAGCAACUUCAGCUCUGCACCCUAGGCCAGGAGCCUCUGCCCAGCCCGGCAGGGACCUUCGAUGCUGUGCUGGUGGUGGGUGCCCUCAGCGAGGGCCAGGUGCCCUGCAGUGCCAUCCCAGAUCUCCUACGCAUCACCAAGCCAGGUGGGCUGGUGUGUCUGACCACCAGGACCAAUCCAUCCAACCUCAAGUACAAGGCAGCUCUGGAGGCCACCCUGGACCGGUUAGAGCAGGCUGGGGCAUGGACGUGCCUGGUGGCCCAGCCUGUGGACCACUGGGAGCUGGCCACCUCUGAGUCGGAGCUUGUGCCUGGAGCCUCUGCUCAGGAUGGCUUCAUCUCUGGCAUCAUCUAUCUGUACCGAAAGCAGCAGGAGACCACCCAGGGUUGAGAGAGAGACAGGCCUGGUCCCCAGCCCUCCCCCAUCCUUGCGACUAUCCCCUGACCUUAUAGGU